AAACAUUGCAUUGGAUGGUUCAGAGUGAGCAGAAGGUAAUGAGAGAGGAAAGGCCGGACAACGGGAAGGGACAGUGGGGACCCAAAGACACCAAAAGGAGAGGAUUUUGGAGCCAGCCGGAGCCCGGCAAAUCCUCGGGUGCACAGCAGGGCUGGGAGAGACCCUGGUCCCAAGAGGCAGACAGAGAGGGCGAGCCAGCCAGUUUGAAGGGGGAAGAGGAGGGGGAGGAGGAGGAGCAGCCCCCGGUCUGCCCUUGUGUGGAGGCUCCCCCCCCUCCCCUGCAGCUAUAAAGCCCCCACCUCGCUGCCGGGACUCAGAGCCCAGGAGCAGCUUCCCUCCUUUGCUCACCCGCCCUUUGCUGAAGCUUCAGCGCCAGGUCACCCCGACCAUGUCGGACACGGAGGAGCAGGAUUAUGAGGAGGAACAACAAGAAGAAGAGGAGGCUGCCGAGGAGGAGGAGGAAGCCCCUGAGGAGUCGGAGCCGGUCGCAGAGCGAGAAGAGGAGAGACCCAAACCCAGGCCCGUGGUGCCGCCACUGAUCCCACCAAAGAUCCCCGAGGGCGAGAGAGUUGACUUCGAUGACAUUCACCGGAAACGCAUGGAGAAGGACCUUCUGGAGCUGCAGACCCUCAUCGACGUGCACUUCGAGCAGAGGAAGAAAGAGGAGGAAGAGCUCGUGGGGCUGAAGGAUCGGAUUGAACGUCGCAGAGCUGAGAGAGCAGAACAGCAGAGAGUCCGGACUGAGAAGGAGAGAGAACGCCAAGCCAAGCUGGCCGAGGAGAAGAUGAGGAAGGAGGAGGAAGAGGCCAAGAAACGAGCUGAAGAUGAUGCCAAAAAAAAGAAGGUCUUGUCCAACAUGGGGGCCCACUUUGGGGGCUACCUGGUCAAGGCUGAACAGAAGCGUGGGAAACGCCAGACUGGACGAGAGAUGAAACAGAGGAUUCUGUCGGAGCGGAAGAAACCCCUGAACAUUGAUCACAUGGGGGAGGAGCAGCUCAGGGAGAAAGCUCGUGAGCUGUCUGACUGGAUUCACCAGCUAGAGUCUGAGAAGUUUGACCUGACAGAGAAACUUCGGCAGCAGAAAUAUGAGAUCAAUGUUCUGUAUAACCGAAUCAGCCAUGCCCAGAAAUUCAGGAAGGGGGCCGGCAAGGGCCGAGUCGGAGGGCGCUGGAAGUGAGCCUGCGGCGGAGGAGGGACCUGGAGGGGAUCCCGGCGCCCAUUUGGUGCCCCUCCCGGAGAUGCUCCGGGGGCCUGGGAGCCCGCAAGCAGCCGCUGCCCUUGCCUGAAACCUGGAAUAAAGCGAGUCGCUUCUGAGCAGUCA